UCUUCUGGGGUAAACAAAAACAAAAGGUCGGGGCAAGUCGAUUCACUGGAGCGAGAAUCGUUCCGUCACAACCGACCAGGUACAACGGGUGGCAUGCUUGUCUAAAUACACGUCAGACGUCUGGAACUGAGAUACACAACAAGAUUGGCAGUGUCAGUGAGAUUUGAAGUGAAGUACCUGUUAGGAGAAAAUGUUACGACAACUCCUGUUGCUGAUUUCCUGUCAGACUCUCAUUCACACACAUGGCGAUGCUGCAAUCCCUAAGGAUCCGGAGUGUGGCCUCACCAAGGGAUGCUUCAGUGGAUGUAUUGGUGGCUGUUAUGAAACGACAUGGAAAGAGGUCGGAGACUCCAUUGAAUUUACCCUGAAGGCUGAGGUCACCACGGAAGGAUUCAUCGCCAUUGGAUUCUCUGACGACAACAAGAUGGGUAGUGACAGUGCGAUUGGAUGUGUGAACACUGGGGGAAGUGUUCAGGUGCUCAACAGCUUCAACGCUGCCGGUGCGAAAUUCAACCAGCCCAUCCCAAACAACAAGCUUGGAUUGAGUUCUGAGUCAGGGUCAGUAGCAAAUGGAUUGUUUACCUGCAGUUUUACACGAAAGACAUUGUCAACAGACAAUCAGAUCUACAGCCUCAACAACGAUUACUAUAUUUUGCUAGCCAAGGGUCCAGUAUCUGGCACUGCACUCGGGCGCCAUGAUCUGACGAACCUGCCCUUGGUCUCGGCACAGAUGGCUGAUUUCCAGUCUACAACUGAUCUGACUGGCACUGCUGUGAACAUCAUGGUCAAACUUCAUGGUUGUUUAAUGAUAUUUGCGUGGAUAUUUUUGGCAAGUAUUGGUAUUGUGCUGGCCAGGUUCUACAAGCCCGUCUGGUCAGAUAAGAAAAUGCUGGGAGAAGCUUAUUGGUUCCAGUUGCACAGAUCUCUGAUGAUACUGGCAACAUUAGCGGUCAUAGCAGGCAUUGUGGUCAUCUUUGUUGACGUUGGCAAAUGGAGUCAGCUGAUUGGUCAGACGGACUGGAAGAGAGCUCAUCCUUACAUUGGUGUUGUUGUUGGAGGUGUUGUUCUCCUCAAUCCCCUUAUGGCCCUUUUUAGACCACACCCAGAAGACAAGUACCGCUACAUAUUUAGCUGGGCUCAUUGGGCAGUGGGAACCUUAGGGCACCUCCUUGCAGUUUUGAACAUUUUUAUUGGUGUGGAGUUACCUGCGGCUAAGGCACCGUCCUGGCUAAUCAUAGUGCUCGCUGUGUACGCAGGCUAUCAGAUCCUGUUCGAGAUCUUCCUCGAGAUUUACGACAAUUGUUGCACUGGAGGAGCAAAGAAAGCUGGACUACAUACUAGUGGUAAGAAGUCUGAGAUGUAUGAGCUUCAUGAAAAGUCAACCCUCGGCCAACCACAGCAGCAAAGCACUGAUUCAGGAAAAGAUCAAGGCAUGAAGAAGGUUUUCCUUGCGGUACAUGCCCUCGUCAUCCUCGGAUUUGCCGCCACUCUUAUCAUUGUUGUUAUCAUCUCCUAAGGAGAUCAGAGAUUUAGGUUUACCUUCCUUUUAUUUUCAGUUUCACCUAGUGAUGUAGAUCUGUGUUGUGUAUUGCACUGUAGCAUACAUAAAGUGCCUACUGUCAAUUAUAACGUACAUUUUUUGAUAUUGUAAUAUAUGAUUUGACCAAGUUGUUGCUAGAAAUGCUGUUUCUUACUAAUGUGUUCUUAAAUGUGUUUAAUAUGUACGUUAUAAUUCAACACUUUGAUCUUCAGAGUAUUUUUAAAGAAAUGAGAGAAGUUGUAUUAUUAAAAUGUUUUAUUAAUUCAAAGUCUUUGUCAGGUAAAACAGUUUUAAAUACUACGUGUUAUUUGUAAAUCUUUUCAUAAAUUUUUGUUGCUUAUAAUUUUUAAGAAAACGACUUCUCAAUCAUUGUAUUUGAUAGAAGUUGACAUUUGGUGCCUAAUUAGUUACAAUAUAGAGCUUGAACAAUCAGAACGAUUAUAAACAGGAAUAUUUCUCAUUUGCAUAUGAAGCCUAGAUUGGGAUUAUUAUGAUGUCCAUGCCGUUGACCCUGACACAACAAGCAUGAAUCUGAUAGGUCAUGACACUUAUCCACGACAGAGUGACAAAACGCAAAUAACUCUGAGAAUCAUCCAAAUGUUUUUGGUAUUAAUAGCUUAUCUACAUUAGAAUGGGAUAACUCUACUGUAUUUAGAGAUUUGUGGCAGUGUAUUGUGAUUAUCCUAAAUAUCGAUUUUACUGCCUUCACUCUGUAAAGCUAUCACUCUAUAUACCACUGCAAAUUUCAAAAUACAGUCUGGUUACAAUACCCUCAAUUCAUACACUGAAACCAUUGGUGUGGAAAAUCAUGAAAAAUCAUAUCACAUUUAUUAUAAAAAUUGAACUGUCAGAACAUUGAAUUCAUACAUUUAUAAUGUUACUUAGAUUCGAGAUUCUAUGAUCAUUGUUGUGAUGGUAAUGUUGAUAUUAAAUGGAUCUGUUGUAUUUAUUUGGACAUCCGUUAAAAGGAAUGAAUUAUGUUUUUUAUAUAUUUGUUUAAACUUUAGUUGGAUUUUUGAUAUAUUGUGCUUUACAAAAAGAUAUUAUCUGUUAUUUCUACAAGUUUUGGUCAUAAAUUUUCAUUUAACUCUUUCUACAUGUUGAAAAAUAGUGUUAUAUAUUUAACAAUAUGUUGGAUAUCCAUGUACUCAGCACUAUAGCUGUUGGUUCAGUAACGUAUUGGUUACUUUCCUUUAUUUUAGUGAAAGGUGUUUGUAAGGAUUAAACUUGGGGAAUUAUCUCCCUUGUAUUGGAAGUCUGCAACUUUUUGUUGAAACCAGAUGAAAAUGUUAAUUAAAUCAUACAAGUUUUAAGCAGUACACAUACCAGGUGUAGUAUUUUAAAAAUGCAUUUCGUGGUGAGUUUAGUAAAGUUUGUUGAUUUAAAAUUGUGUUCUCUCUGCCGGUAGAAAAAAAAUGUGUUUCUGCUGAGUAAAAAAUGUAUUAUAUUGUAUUUCAGAGUACAUUUUCUUUACUUGUGUUUUUAACCAUCAAAUCAUCUACUUAUUCUUACUAGCAUACAGGAUACGGAUCAACCAAAUACAAAAUGUACAAAAUAUUUGCAAGGUAAACAUUGAUUUGGUAAACAAAAAAAGACCCAAAAAAAAGACAAAACAUUUGAAAUGAAAAGAAAACCAUUUUAUGACGUGAAGUAGGUCAAACCUUACUGAGUGAUGGUCUUAGUAAUGGUGAAGGACAGAAUAAGAAACAUGAUGGAUUCGAUCUGCAUUCAAUGAUUGAAGUGUUUACUGUAAUUUUGCUGUCAGAAAGCUUUGACUCGGUCACACAAUAAUGUCUUGCACAA